AUGGAGAAUAAAAAUGAAAAGAAGAGGGCAAGAAAAGUCACUCUUAUUGAAAAAUUGAGAGACAGAAAAAAUGACGGAAGAAGAAUGAAAUACAAUGACAGAUGGAUUUUCGAUCACAACUUCAGGUUCCAAAAAGCUCAUGAAACGAAUCAACUUAUGUUUGAAGAAAUUUCCUUCACUCAAUCGACCAUGAAGCCGACAUCAGAUAUCCUCGUCAUCGGCACGACCUGUGGGAGGCUGAAUUUGAUGAAAACAACGCGUUUCGACAAACCUUCUUUCUGCGCAAGAGUCAAUAUUUCGCCGACUGAAGAAGGAAGCAUCUGCUCGAACCUGUACUACCAUCGCUGGGACCCGACUGCGCUCUGCUUCAACAGAAAAAUCGAUCUCACCUCUUUCUCUCAAUGCCGACUCAACUUCAUGGCUUCUUCCGUCUCGCCCGACGGAAACCUCGGCCUCUUAGCCGGUUACGCCGGCGUCUACUCGCUCGACUUUCGUUCUGGAAACGACAUCAUCGAUCUUUCCCACGGAGCGCAACAGGAAAAUCGACAGCGAGUCUACCCGCCGAAGAUCAAUUCCGUCAAGUUUUCUCGAUCCGGAGCACUUUUUGCGAUCACACACGAAAAUGAAAAGCGUCAAAAUGCGAUGAGCGUUUAUGAUCUACGGAACUACAUGAGACCUUUAUAUACUGCACAAGUUGAAGACUCACUCGAUGCAUCGUACCCAAACUCGAUCUUCUGGGGCCCAUCGGACGACUACAUCUCUUUUACCUCCUUGUGCAAGUAUGAGUGCAACUCCUGGGCCAGAGUUCGACUUCAAGGGCGAUUCGCGUCCAAAACGCCGAACAUCUUCUUUUACCGAAAGAAAAGCGACAAGGACGAGCUUGAACAAUUUGACUCCAUCGAACUUGGUUUCUGGGGAAAAGACAGCUUGGGCGACUUCGAACAAAGAGUGAAGCUUCUUGGGAAGGAUUUCUUCAGUAUCACUGGCAGUAGAUCAACGCAGAUUUACAGAUUGAGCGAUAGAACAUUGUUUCAAGAUUUGAAACAGGGAAAACACAAGGAUCGAAUCUGCGGAAUCGAGUAUGUCGAAGGCGACCGCUCCCUGAUCACUUACGACGAUCUCGGCGACAUCUUCCGCUGGAAAAAGACGAUAGAAAGUGUCGCCGAUCUAACAAGCUAUUCUUAA